CCCCCCCCGACGGAGGACCCUUCUCUGGGGCCGAAGAUCCCUCAGGCGCUGGAGAAGAUCCUUCAGCUGAAGGAGAGCCGCCAGGAGGAGUUCGUCACCACUCCCGCUGCCACCGGCGAAGAGGAGAUGGAGACGGAGCCGUGCGGUUCCGCCUCAGAGGCCGAAGAGGACACUGCGCUUGCCAGGAAGGAGCGUAACCGGAAACGCCGGAACCGGAAGAAGAAGAAGCGAAGCCGGAGGACGCGGGGACAGUCGGAGGGGACACGGGGACACGAGGGGACGGCCACCAACGCCCCCGACGCCCCCGAGGUGGAGGUGGAAUACGUCACCGAAGAGCCCGAAAUCUACGACCCCAACUUCAUCUUCUUCAAAAGGAUCUUCGAGGUCUUCAAGUUGACGGAUGAGGUGAAGAAGGACAAAGAGAAGGAACCGGAUAAGGCCGAGCGCCCCGAGAGCAGCGUCACCCGCAGGAAGGGCUUCAACGACGGACGCAAGAGUGACGAUGACAGCUCCGAGGACGAGCAGGAGAAGAAACCGGAAGCGCCGAAACUGUCCAAAAAGAAACUGCGACGCAUGAACCGUUUCACAGUGGCCGAACUCAAACAGUUGGUGGCCCGCCCGGACGUGGUGGAGAUGCACGACGUGACGGCUCAAGAUCCCAAACUCUUGGUUCACCUCAAGGCCACUCGGAAUUCCGUCCCCGUUCCGCGUCAUUGGUGCUUCAAACGGAAAUACCUUCAGGGCAAAAGAGGCAUCAAAAAACCACCCUUUGAACUUCCCGACUUCAUCAAACGAACCGGAAUCCAAGAGAUGCGCGAAGCUCUCCAGGAGAAGGAGGAGCAGAAGACCAUGAAGUCCAAAAUGAGGGAGAAGGUUCGUCCCAAGAUGGGGAAGAUCGACAUCGAUUACCAGAAGCUCCACGACGCCUUCUUCAAGUGGCAAACGAAGCCCAAACUCACCAUCCACGGGGACCUCUACUACGAGGGCAAAGAGUUUGAGACGCGGCUGAAGGAGAAAAAACCCGGAGAUUUAUCCGAUGAAUUGCGCAUCGCCCUCGGAAUGCCCGUGGGGCCGAACGCCCACAAGGUGCCCCCCCCGUGGCUGAUCGCCAUGCAGCGCUAUGGGCCCCCCCCCUCGUACCCCAACCUCAAGAUCCCGGGGCUCAACUCCCCCAUUCCGGAGGGCUGUUCCUUUGGAUACCACGCGGGGGGGUGGGGGAAACCCCCCGUGGAUGAGACGGGAAAACCGCUCUACGGAGACGUCUUUGGAACCAACGCCGCUGAGUUCCAGACGAAAGAGGAAGAAGAGGAGAUCGAUCGGACACUGUGGGGCGAAUUGGAACCUUCGGAUGAAGAAUCCUCCGAGGAAGAAGAGGAGGAGGAGAGCAACGAAGAGAAACCGGACGAGACGGGUUUCAUCACUCCCGCAGACAGUGGUCUCAUCACUCCCGGCGGAUUCUCGUCGGUACCGGCGGGAAUGGAAACGCCGGAGCUGAUCGAGCUGAGGAAGAAGAAGAUCGAGGAAGCCAUGGAUGGCAGUGAGACGCCCCAACUCUUCACGGUGGUCCCCGAGAAGCGAACAGCGAUGGUGGGCGGGGCCAUGAUGGGCUCCACCCACAUCUACGACAUGAGUGCCGUGCUGGGCCGUAAGGGUGCUGUGACGGAGGCUCAGGGCGUGGAGGUGGCGUUGGCGCCGGAGGAGCUGGAGCUCGACCCGACGGCCAUGACGCAGAAGUACGAGGAGCACGUCCGCGAGCAGCAGGCGCAGGUCGAGAAGGAGGACUUCAGCGACAUGGUGGCCGAGCACGCCGCCAAGCAGAAGCAGAAGAAGCGGAAGGCGCAGCCGCAGGACACCCGCGGGGGCGGAAAGAAGUACAAAGAGUUCAAGUUCUAAAGACGGGGACACUCCUGUCCCCCCCUGUCCCCUCCUGUCCCUCCAAUCCCCUCCUGUCCCAAUCCCCCCCCCCUCCCCCCAAAGUCCCCCAGGGACGGG